UUUAGUUGGCUAGGUAGUUCUUUAAGUAGUCUGUGUGUUAGGUAUCUAAUUUCAAUCAAUCAAUUUGUUUAUUUACAUUGCUAAGUAUUAAAUUUCGAAUUAAAAUAAAAAGCAUUGUGACUACUGAAAUUAUCUUUCCACCUGUGUUACACUUAUUUUAAAAUGUCUUCGUCUGAAACUUCUGAUCCGGAUACAGUGGUGGAAGUAAUAAGGAAGCCCGUCUGUCUGAUUAUUUUAGGUAUGGCGGGUGCUGGCAAGACUUCGUUUACGAGACGUCUUGCUAGUAAAAUUGUUGAAGGUUCAAGACCAUAUCUCAUUAAUUUGGACCCAGCCUGUCGUGAAGUACCUUACCCAGCUAAUAUUGAUAUAAGAGACACUGUGGAUUACAAAGAAGUGAUGAAACAGUAUGGAUUAGGUCCAAAUGGUGGUAUAGUGACCACCCUAAACCUAUUCUCUACAAAGUUUGGUCAAGUUGUGAAUCUCAUUGAAAAAGCUGGCAAAAAACACAAAUAUUGUGUAAUAGAUACUCCAGGUCAAAUAGAAGUGUUCACAUGGUCUGCAUCGGGUACAAUAGUGAGUGAGUCGUUGGCGUCCGCGUGUCCCACUGUCAUCGUGUAUGUUAUGGACACUGUACGCAGUGUCUCCCCCAUCACGUUCAUGUCCAACAUGCUGUACGCAUGUUCCAUACUGUACAAGACCAGGCUUCCGUUUAUUGUGGUCAUGAAUAAGACAGAUGUAGUGGAUAAUUCGUACGCGGUGGAAUGGAUGCGUGACUUCGAAGCGUUCCAAGAGGCGCUGGAGACGGCCGGCGAUAGUGAGAGCGAGGGUGGCACUUCGUACGUGGGGAACCUUACGCGAUCUAUGGCGCUCGCGCUUGACGCUUUCUAUUCGGACCUCAAAUGUUGCGGCGUUAGCUCACACACUGGGGCGGGCAUAGAUGAGUUCUUUAAACUGGUUGAUGCAGCAGCUGAAGAGUAUGAAAAAGAAUAUAAACAGGACUGGUUGAAGAUGCGCGCACAAAAAUUGGAGGAGCAGAAAAAGAAAGACGAAGAAAAAAGGCUCAAAAGAGAUAAUCCAAAUGUAGUGUUGGAAAAGAAGAAAUUAAUAGACGAGGUGCCAGUAGGGCGGGAGACCAGCGAUGUGUACCUUAAACAUCCUGGCAACGAGAGCUCGAGCGAUGAAGAGGGCACUGAAGUCAAACCUGAUAUUGAUGACAAGCCACAAGAUGUUGCCAUGUUUCAAGAAUUCAUCAAUAAGCAUGUGAAACCCAACAAUAGUGGGAACAAAACUUAGACUCGUACUUCUACGUAAAUAAAAAUUUGUAAAUAUAUAGCAUAAGGAUUAAUUAAAUAAACGAGCUUAUUGUGUAA